GAAUCUAAUGACUCUAAACCCGUUGUGGUUGACACCUCUUCCAUUAAUCCCUUAGCAAUAACUAAUGCCACUGAUAUUCCUGCUGCUCAAACUCAGGCCAAAGAGCAAAUUAAAAACCUGCUAAGCAAAAAUAAUUUUCAGACCAAUGAUUUAGAUAAAAAUAAGCAAAAAUUUUCCACGGACUUUGAAGAUUUAGUUAAACGAUUAGAAUAUCGGGGGAUAACCCGAGAAAAAUUAUUAAUUGUUAGGGAAAAAUUAGCAAAAAAGAAAAAAUUAACCGAAUUAAUAAACAAUCUCCGCCAAGGAAGAAACAAAUUAAGUCAAGAAGGACAAAAAAAUGCUGAAAGGGUUCGAGAAAUCAGAGAAAGAAUUAGUAUUUUUGAGCAAGAGUUAAAUGAUUGCGAACAAGAAUUAAACGAUUUAACUAGCCAACUUCCUAAUCUUCCCGCCCCCGAUACUCCCACUAACACUGAGGGGAACAAAAUCAUUGAUAGCAAAGAAUAUCAACACAAUAUCCAACAUCAUUUAACCCAGGAAAAAAUACUGAAAAAAUUGGUCUUGAUUGACGAAGAAAAAGCGGAAAAUAGUCAGCGGGGUUAUCGUUUAUUCGAUACUCCUUACUUAGUUAAUAGUCAAAAUCUUUAUAAUACUGGGCAAUUUCACAAAUUUCAAGAUAGCCUUUAUAAAAUAGAAGAAAGUAAUUUUUAUCUGCUGCCUACUGCCGAAGUAAGUUUGAUUAAUCUUUACCAAAACCAAAUUUUAACCGAAGAAAAUUUACCUUUAAAAUUAUGUGCGUAUAGCCCUUGUUUUCGUGCCGAAAGAAUGGCCGCCGGGCAGGAAAACAAAGGAUUAAUUCGUUUACACCAAUUUCAUAAAGUCGAAUUAGUCAAAAUAGUUAAACCCGAAAGUUCUUAUCAAGAGUUAGAAAAAUUAGUAGCGGACGCCUGUCAUAUACUUAAUAAAUUAAAAAUCCCGCACCGGGUAAUUGAACUUUGUCAGGGAGAAUUAGGAUUUAGUGCCGCCAAAACUUAUGAUAUUGAGGUUUGA